AUCCAGCACUAUAAAAUGGGUUUAAAAACCCUGAUUACCACCUUCGUCAUCCUUCGAGCAGCUGCACCACGCGUCUCGCAAACUCGGCUAGCUGCAAUGGGUAUUGAUCUCGUAGCGGGAGGUAAGAGCAAGAAGACCAAGAGGACUGCGCCCAAAUCUGAUGAUAUCUACCUUAAGUUACUCGUCAAGCUUUACCGCUUCCUUGUUCGUCGUACUGGAAGCAAGUUCAAUGCUGUGAUUCUCAAGCGCUUGUUCAUGAGCAGGGUCAACAAGCCUCCACUUUCUCUCUCUAGGCUUAUCCAGUUCAUGAAAGGAAAGGAAAGCAAAAUUGCCGUUGUUGUUGGGACUAUUACUGAUGAUAUUCGCGUCUAUGAAGUUCCAGCAUUGAAAGUUGCUGCUCUGAGAUUUACAGAGACAGCAAGGGCAAGGAUUGAGAAGGCUGGUGGUGAGUGUUUGACAUUUGAUCAGCUUGCUUUGAGGGCUCCUCUGGGUCAGAACACGGUUCUCCUUAGAGGUUCCAAGAACUCCAGAGAGGCCGUGAAGCAUUUUGGUCCAGCACCAGGUGUGCCCCACAGCCACUCCAAGCCUUAUGUGAGGUCCAAGGGAAGGAAGUUUGAGAGGGCAAGAGGAAAGAGAAACAGCAGGGGAUACAGGGUUUGAUUCCAUCAUAUUUUCCAAGCUAAUUCAAUCGUUGUGUGUUUUUCUGAACUCGAUAUCGCAAAAUUAGUUACUUCAGUUGACUGUUUUGUCAAAAUAUUGUUGAUUAGGACUUGAUUCAAUGGCAUUCAGGCAGACUUUAUUGAGUUCCUUUGGCUAGACAUUGUGUGAUGUCCAUUUGAUUUGAAUUUCAUUGAAAUAUGAGCAUGUUACCUUGAUUUUGAUU